GACGGUAUUUCCGUUUAAGAAAGGACCUAAAAAGCAUUCGUCGCGUAUCUAAAUAUGCACAGCAUAGUGAUACCCAUCCCGAAAUUAAAUCGGACGUUGCAAAGAUAACGUGGGUGAUAUUUGGGUAAAGGAAUCGAAACGAAUAAAAAAGCGUCUGCUGCUGAUUUAGUCAGAAGUCAGCUCUGUAAAACACACCAGACUUGGAUUUAUCCUAAACAUGAAGAGGAAGACUAGACCCAUAAUGGGAACUUCAUACAGCGUCAAUUCUCCUUCGCCGAUACGGAGUUCUGGUGAACCUGUCAUCCCUCUUCCUUUGGACAUACUGGAGGAAAUCUUCCUAAAUCUGCCCCCCCAAUACGUGGUGUGUGUGUGUCGAUUAGUGUGCCGCCAGUGGAAAGUUGUGGCCGACAGCGAGUCUUUCUGGAGAGAAAGAUGUAGGAGAGAGGGAUAUCACCUCCGUGAUCCUUCCAGAGUAGCCAGCAACAACUGGAGGUUGUUUUACUUCUUGUGCAAGAAGAGGAGAAAUCUCAUAAAGAAUCCAAGAGCAGAAGAUGAAUUUCAGGGUUGGAGAAUAUUGGAUAACGGUGGGAAUCAGUGGAAAAUAGAGGAACCUAUGGUGGAACAUUCAAAUCCAGCAGUAAAGAAAAACUUUGUGACCUCCUAUAGUUGGUGCAGAAAAGAGCAGGUGAUUGAUCUGAUGAAGGAAGGUUACAGCCCAUCAUUUAUGGAUGAGUUCCAGCCGCCUAUCCGGAUAUCUGACUGGUACGCACCCCGCUGGGAUUGUGGAAGCAUCUAUCAGAUUUCUGUGCAGCUACUAGAUCACGAGCAAGACAUUCUCCAGGAAUUUAGUCCUGAGCUCCUUUCCUUUCCUCAGUGGAAUGACCAGCAGUGGCAUCAAAUGGAGUAUGUGUUCAAGGACUACGGACCAGGAGUGAGAUAUGUCCGUUUCACCCAUGGUGGCAAAGACACACAGUUCUGGGCAGGAUGGUAUGGCAUUCGUGUAACGGAGAGCUGCGUUGAAAUUUGUCCAGCAUUGGACAGCUAGCUUAUUUACGCAACUGUGCUAGGAAGACAACUCUGAACAUCUUUGAGUACUUGAGUUAGAAAAAAUAUUAUCAUUGUGGCCUUCUAAGCUAUUUUGCCUCAUUCUACAAUCUACUGACAAAAACAUGUAAGUCAAGAAGGUUUUUAUUCUUAUAUUAUUUCCAGAUGCCAAAUGUUUAAUUAUUCUGUUAAAUCUUCCCUACACAUACCUCAAAAUAUGUUUAAAUUGUACAAAGACGCUUUGUUAUGCGCAUAGUAUAAUUUGGAUGUAAAAGCAGCCAAGGUUUUCUUUUACUUGUUUGUAGGUUACUCUAGUACUGGGCACACUGUGCGUUUUCCAAAGGCUGGAAAACACACAAAACUAUUCAUAUACACAUUUAAAAUACUUUCUCAAUGCUUGAUGUAAACGCAACAUGCAGAAAUCGACAGGUUGUAGGUGUUUAGAAGGUCAAAGGUCAAGUUAACAUGCUUAACUACUGCUGAACUAUGUCAACUUACUUAAUCAAACGUUCAUUAGUCAAUUAAGCAGUCUUGCCUCACUUACUAAGACAAUGCAAUAUAAGUAGUUGGAAUUGCUUCAUGAUUGUUUAAAUGUAUGUAUCUUACCUGUUCUGGAGGACAACACCACUACCUUUAUUCCUCUUCUAAUUUGCACAUUUAUUUUUUAACCAACUGUUUUGUCUGAAAAGCUACCAUUUGCUGCCACUUACAUGUUAGCUGAAUGUGUAUUCAUGUUAAGAUGCCUCCUAUGUAUGUGGUGUUAUGAAUUAAGAAUAACCUCAAACUUUGCACUUUAUGUAAAUGCAUAUUCUUGGUUUGCAAAAAAACAAAAAACAGCCUCAUUUUAUGCAGCCUAUCCCUUUAAAAAAUAAUUUUGUUAAAAAUUCUGCUGUAAUUUGAUAUAUCUAUUGUUAACAUAUUUCUGAUGUGAUGAAUAUUUCUACCACAUCCUUGUAAAAAAGUGGACCAGAGUAGGGUAAGAUAUCUACAAUGUUAAAAGUUCAUUUUUAAACCUGUGUGUAAAGUGUUCAUGAUUACAUUUUUCGUGGCAACACUGUAUGACAAAUAUGAGCAAGCAGAGUGUUGACAAAAGCUUCCGAUUCAAUAAAUGCUUUUGGUACAUUGA